UAAGAUAUACACUAAAAGUAACACUUAGCCUUAAACACUGAAAAACAAAUUGACUUUGACUCAAUUGGUUGACUUAUCAUAAGACUAUACUGGUGUCAUAGACGUGGAGGCACAUUCCUCACAAACAUAAACUUCUAUAGCAAAUACUUUCUGCUCUUUCACUAAGAACAUGGCUGAAUAUUUUGUCUUCGAGAUCGCUGAAUCACUGUUAGGGAAGCUUGCGUCUAAUCUUUAUGAAGAAAUAUCUCGAGCCUUUGAUCUGUAUGAGGAUGUGAAAAGUUUCAGAGACACCAUGUCAAUUGUAAAAGGCGUGCUGUUGGAUGCUGAGGAGAAGAAGGACAAGAAGCAUGGGUUGCGUGAAUGGCUCAGGCAGAUUCAAAACGUAUGCUUAGAUGCUGAAGAUGUGUUAGAUGGAUUUGAGUGCCAAAACCUGAGAAAACAAGUUCUCAAAGCUUCAGGCACCACCAGCAUGAAGGUAAACCACUUGUUUUCUUCAUCUAAUUCCCUUGUUUUCCGUUUUAGGAUGGCCUGGCAAAUAAAAAAUGUCACACGUAGAUUAGAUAAGAUAGCAGCUGAUGGGAACAAGUUUGGUCUUGAGAGGAUUGUUUUUUAUCACAGCCCUAUGCAAAGGAGAGAAAUGACUUAUUCUCAUGUUGAUGCUUCAGGGGUGAUUGGAAGGGAGAAGGAGAAGGAAGAAAUUAUCAAGAUUUUGAUGCAACCCCACCCUCGUGGUGAUGGUUAUGGAGAUCAAAAUGUUUGUGUUAUUCCCAUAGUAGGUAUCGGAGGGUUGGGGAAGACCACACUUGCAAAGUUGGUGUUCAAUGAUAAGAGAAUGGAUGAUCUUUUCCAGUUGAAGAUGUGGGUGUGUAUCUCUGAUGACUUUAACCUAAGGCAGAUAAUUAUUAAAAUCAUCAACUCUGAUUCUGAUCCAACCAUUUCUGUUGUUCCUCAAGAAAGCAUGAACAACUUAGAUAUUGAGCAGUUACAAAGUCGUCUUAGACACAAACUUUCUUGUCAGAAGUAUCUACUAGUCUUGGAUGACGUAUGGAAUGAUAAUCGUGCAAAAUGGAUAGAGUUGAAAGAUUUAAUUAAAGUUGGUGCGUUGGGAAGCAAAAUCAUAGUGACAACACGAAGUAACUCAAUUGCUUCAAUGAUGGGCACCGUUCCCUCCUAUGUUUUAGAAGGUCUUUCUGUGGAGAAUUGCUUAUCUCUGUUUCUGAAAUGGGCAUUUAGGGAAGGUGAAGAAAAAGAACAUCCAAAUCUAGUGGAUAUUGGAAAAGAAAUAGUGAAAAAAUGCCGAGGAGUUCUACUAGCAGUGAAAACUUCAGGAAGUUCCCUGUUCUCAAUUUUUGAUUCGGAAAGAUGGGAAAUUAUGAGAGACCACGAGCUAUGGAACCUGAAACAACAGGAAGAUGACAUUUUACCUUCUCUAAAGUUGAGCUAUGAUCAAAUGCCAUCCUAUUUGAGGCACUGUUUUGCUUUCUUUUCUCUUUAUCCAAAAGAUUUUGGCUUUACCAGUGCUGAAAUUGCUAACUUUUGGGCCACACUUGGAUUACUUCGAUCUCCAUUUGGAAGUCAGAAGAUAGAGAAUGUUGGAAAACUAUAUAUUAAUGAGUUACAUUCAAGGUCAUUUUUGGAGGACUUUGAGGACUUUGGCACAGUUUACUAUUUUAAACUACAUGAUUUGGUACAUGAUCUUUCGCUGUAUGUUGCGAAAGAGGAGUUUCUAAUGGUGAACUCGCAUACUAGCAAUAUACCCAAGCAAGUAAGGCAUAUAUCAGUUGUUGAAAAUGAUUCACUAAGCCAUACUUUGUUCCCCAAGUCCAGAGGUGUGAGAACUAUAAUAUUUCCCGUUGAUGGAGUGGGUGUUGGCAGUGAAUCUCUUUUGGAAACUUGGAUAAAAAGAUACAAAUACUUGCGGCAUUUAGAUUUAAGUAAUUCCACUUUUGAGACACUUCCUAAUUCAAUUGCUAAAUUGGAGCAUCUGCGAGCUUUCAGUCUUGAUAAUAACUGCAAAAUAAAAAGACUUCCGAAUUCUUUUUGCAAACUCCAAAACUUAGAAAUGUUGUCUUUAAGAAGAUGUUUGGGGCUUGAAACAUUGCCUAAAGGAUUAGGGAUGUUAAUCAGCCUCCGAAAAUUGUAUAUAACCACAAAACAGUCUAUUUUGUCGGAGGAUGACUUUGCAACCUUGAACAAUCUUCAUACUUUGAUUUUUGAAUACUGUGACAAUUUGAAGUUUUUGUUCCAAGGGGCAGAAGCUCAACUCUCGUCCCUUGAAGUUUUGAUCAUUCAAUCAUGUGGGAGCCUAGAGUCCUUACCUCUGCAUAUUCUCCCUAAACUUCAUGUUCUGAUAGUAACAAGGUGCGUGAUGCUAAACCUGUCAUUGAACAGUGAAACAGCUAUCCAAAGAUUGAAGAUGAAAUAUCUGCAUAUUGAGCAAUGUCCACGGCAACAGACGCUGCCUGAAUGGAUUCAAGCAGCUGCCAACACUUUGAGAACAUUGAUAAUUUUAAAUUGUCAUUGUCUUGAGGUGCUUCCCGAGUGGCUUAGCACACUCACUCAACUUAAGAUGCUCCAUAUAGUUAACUGUCCUCAGUUGUUGGAUUUCCCAAGUAACAUGCACUGCCUAAGAGCCCUUGAAGAUUUGAUCAUAGAUGGUUAUCCUGAAUUGGGUCGAAAAUGUGAACCACGUUCUGGUGAGUACUGGUCCUUCAUUGCUCACAUCAAAUGUGUUUCCAUUGGAAAAACAAGGAAAAUGAAACUCCUUUUUCAAAUGCUUUCACGACUGGGCUUGAACUGCACUCAGUAAAAUUGAAAUGCUCAUUGAGGCUGCAUUUAAAUUCUUAUAAUGUAUGAAGUCAUCUAACAUAAAUAUUAUUUUGUGGCUAUCUUGACAGAUAUUUACACUUUUAUGGCUCAUCUGUUGAACGUUACAACAAUUAAUUUGACAUAAAAGAUAUGGGUUAGUUG